ACAUUCACCCUACAACAAAAUGUCAAUUACAGAGCUACAACAACCUUCUAUCCAGCUAGUUAUUGAUUCUUCCACGACCACCAUUUCGAAAACUCCGAGAAUAAAUCGUAACCUUUCAUACACAACCUCGAAAAAAUCCUUAUCAUCUAUUCUAGCCCGUCUUCAUGCAGGCUAUUUUAGAAUCAGUAUUUCUCUUGGAAGCCAAGCACUCUUAUGGAAAAUGCUUCGCCAAACUUCCAACCAUGAUCAUAGUAAUAGUACAAGCGACAUGCCAUCACCUCUUCUUAAUGUCUUGCACAUCCUCCCAUCAACAGUCUUUCCUCUCCUAUGGUGUUUAUCACUGUUAAUCCUAAUAUCGCUUUCACUCAUCUACAUCCUUAGAUGCUUCUAUCACUUCCGCUUGGUAAAAGCAGAGCUCUUACACCAUGUAGGUGUGAAUUAUCUUUUUGCACCUUGGACCUCUUGGCUCCUUCUACUCCAAUCUAUCCCAAUCUUCAUUGCUCCAAAGACUGUUCCCUAUCUAACGCUAUGGUGGGUAUUUUCCAUCCCAAUAAUAGUCCUUGAUGUAAAAAUCUUUGGCCAAUGGUUCACCACCGAGAAGAGAUUCCUCUCGUUAGUGGCAAAUCCAACAAGCCAGAUAUCGGUCCUAGGAAAUCUAGUAGGGGCUAGGGCCGCGGCUCAAAUGGGGUGGAAUGAAAGCGCGAUUUGCAUGUUUACUUUAGGGAUGGUUCACUACUUAGUGCUAUUUGUCACUCUCUACCAAAGGUUGUCUGGUGGAGACAGCCUUCCUGCAUUGCUUCGUCCUGUUUUCUUCCUCUUCUUCGCUGUCCCAAGCAUGGCUAGCUUGGCUUGGAGCUCAAUCUCCGGGUCUUUUGAUACUAGAUCAAGAAUGCUAUUCUUCCUCUCACUUUUCCUCUUUGCAUCAUUGGUGAGCAGGCCGACCCUCUUCAAGAAAUCGAUGAGGAAGUUCAACAUCGCGUGGUGGGCUUACUCGUUCCCGCUAACUAUGCUAGCUCUAGCAUCAGCAGAAUAUGCGCAGGAGGUGAAGGGCCACGCAGCAGCAGCCUUGAUGCUCAUAAUCUCAGGACUCUCACUCCUUGUUUUCAUAGGGCUCGUGCUGUUUACUGUGCUUAAUGUUCCUAAGCUGCUUCGUGAGAAUGAUCCUAUUCUAAGCUUCGCUAAGGAUCCAAUGGCUUAAUAACUGUACUUUUUUCCCUGGUUUUUCUUAGUAUAGUUUUUCAAAUCCUGAUGCUUAAACAUAUAGAUUUGCUACGUCAUGAUCUUUUUCAGAAUUAGAACUGAUAAGAACAGAUUCUGCAGAAAUUCUCUUAGUCGGAAUUUAUGCCGUGUAUAUGCAGUAUAAUUCACGUUCAAUUGGAUGAAGUUUUUCUACGUUUUAUGACAGUAAACUGUUGUAAUUUA